AUGGCUACCGGAGCAAACAUGGAUCUCGACAAGGCCGAGAGCUCUCUCAAGGGCAUGGCCCAUUCUGAGCAGCACUACUUCAACAGUUACAACCACCAUGGUAUCCAUGAGGAGAUGUUGAAAGAUGAGGUUCGCACGCGAUCCUACAUGAACGCUAUUGUCCAGAACAAGCACCUGUUCAAGGACAAGGUGGUUCUCGACGUUGGCUGUGGUACUGCCAUCCUUUCCAUGUUUGCUGCCAAGGCUGGCGCCAAGCAUGUCAUUGGUGUCGACAUGUCAACCAUCAUCUUCAAGGCCAAGGAGAUUGUCGCCAAGAACGGUCUGUCUGACAAGAUCACCCUGAUCCAGGGCAAGAUGGAGGAGAUUGAGCUGCCUUUCCCCAAGGUCGACAUCAUCAUCUCCGAGUGGAUGGGCUACUUCCUCCUGUACGAGUCCAUGCUUGAUACUGUCUUGUACGCCCGUGACAGAUACCUGAACAAGGACGGUCUGAUCUUCCCCGACAAGGCAACCAUCUUUGCAUGCGGUAUUGAGGACGGCGAGUACAAGGAUGAGAAGAUUGGAUUCUGGGAUAACGUUUAUGGCUUCGACUACACCCCUCUGAAGGAGACUGCUCUGGCCGAGCCCCUUGUCGAUACUGUCGAAGUCAAGGCGGCCGUGACGGAGCCUGUCGCCAUCCUGUCGCUCGACCUGUACACCUGCACCGUGGCCGAUCUGGCCUUCAACGUUCCCUUCAAGCUGCCCUGCCGCCGCGACGACUUUGUCCACGCCCUGGUGGCCUGGUUCGACAUUGACUUUACCGCCUGCCACAAGCCCGUCCGCUUUUCCACUGGCCCGCAUACCAAGUACACCCACUGGAAGCAGACCGUCUUUUACUUCAAGGACGUCUUGACUGUCACCCAGGGAGAGGAGGUCGAGUGCGAGCUUGAUGUCCGCCCCAACGAUAAGAACCGUCGCGACCUGGACAUCAAGGUCAAGUACCGCCUGGAGACUCAGGACCCGACAAGACAGGCCCAAGGAGAGUGCGAGUACAAGAUGUGCUAG